AUGAAUCCUAUAAGCGAUUCCGUUGCCAGGCACAUGGUCACACGUCGUCAAACUGCAACAAGAAACCAGUGUGUGCCAAAUAUGCCGGACAUGAUGACACCAGAUCCUGCAGCAAAACUUCAGAAACUUCUCCAACAUGCGCCAACUGCAAAUGCGCUCACUCGGCAAAUUACUCCCAAUGCCUUGCAUUAUUGCCUUUCUGACGAAAAGAAAAAAUCCAUUAUGUCCAAAACUCUUUUUCAAACAUGCACCUCCCAGAACAGAGCUUCCUCCGCCUUAUCCCUAACAAAAUCCCCAUCACCUCCCACUCUGGCUCAGGCAAUCCACAAAACAAAACAAGAAAUAUCAGACGCAAGAAUGAUAUCACCUCAAGUAUCCCAACAGUCUCAGCAAAUUGAACAGCCUCUCAACCCAAAACUAUCAGAUCAAAUAGACGAUAUUAAAGCAAUAGAUCUGGACCAACUCCUAUCGUACUGCCGCAGGACUUUACAUUAUCGGCGGUGACUUCAACGCCAAGCACACCCUAUGGAACAGCACCAAAAGAAACAAAAGAUUUCAUUCUCAAAAAUCAUUCCGAAUUACACAGUUAUUAA